UUUGAAUCUCACGUUGCAUCGCGUCUAAUUCGAAACAGUCUGCUCAUGCAGUGGUCUGUUAGUGUAUUCUACCAGAAAGAGCGUAUUCAACGACACGAGUCAGUGUUGUUCCAGAUCCAACUGCAGUGUUUUCACCCCUCUCACGGCAGCAAUGGACGAUUAUUUGAGAAUUGAGAAAAUCGGAGAAGGUACCUAUGGUGUGGUGUACAGAGGAAAACACAAGGCCACUGGUCAAAUUGUUGCAAUGAAAAAGAUUCGUCUGGAGAGUGAGGAGGAAGGGGUUCCCAGCACUGCGGUGAGAGAGGUCUCCUUGCUUCAGGAGCUGAAGCAUCCAAAUGUUGUAAGACUCUUAGAUGUCCUGAUGCAGGAGUCUCGCCUCUAUCUUAUCUUCGAGUUCCUGUCCAUGGACCUCAAGAAAUACCUGGACUCCAUCCCUUCUGGCCAGUACAUGGAACCGAUGCUCGUCAAGAGCUACCUCUACCAGAUCUUAGAGGGCAUAUAUUUCUGUCAUUGUCGGCGAGUCCUCCAUCGGGACCUGAAGCCCCAGAACCUUUUGAUUGACAACAAGGGAGUCAUCAAACUGGCUGACUUUGGACUGGCUCGCGCCUUUGGUGUUCCUGUCAGGGUCUAUACCCAUGAGGUUGUAACCCUUUGGUAUCGGGCUCCCGAGGUUCUCCUGGGUUCCCCCCGAUAUUCAACUCCUGUUGACGUUUGGAGCGCUGCCACCAUUUUUGCUGAGCUUGCCACAAAGAAGCCACUGUUCCAAGGAGACUCUGAAAUAGACCAGCUCUUCAGAAUCUUCAGGACUUUGGGAACGCCAGAUAAUGUUGUUUGGCCUGAUGUGGAAAGCCUACCUGACUACAAAAGCACUUUUCCAAAAUGGAAGCCUGGCAACCUUGCCUCCAUGGUGAAAAACCUGGACAAGAAUGGUCUGGACCUAUUGAAAAAAAUGUUGGCCUACAAUCCUCCCAAACGGAUCUCAACACGUGAGGCCUUGACUCAUUGUUAUUUUGAUGAUUUGGACAAGUCAACCCUACCAUCAGCCAACAUCAACAAAAUCUAAUGGCUCAGAACCCCAGUGAAUAUUUAAUCUGUAAAUACUUUUGUGUGACAGUGCUGAACCUUUUACAAGUGUUUGUCAUCAUUCUUUUCAAUAAAGCAAUACAUCCUGUCGUCUCACAGAA